UUUCAUUACUAUUGCUUACCUCCGUUGACUGCACGAACGAUGGGCUGGCGCAGGACUCAGAGGAAGCUAUGGAGCAGGACCAAGAAUGCCGCCUACGCUCUGUCGCAGGCUCUCGACAUGCUCAAUCGCGCCGCCGUCUAUCCCCCCGUGCCAGGCUUGCAGGCCGGUAUCAGCUGUCCCUUGACAUUGUCGGGCAUGAUCCAGAUCUCGCGCGUGAAUACCAGAUACAUCAGCAAGUUAACCAAGGACAUGAAAGAUUUGACCGAGACGGUGAACAAGUACACAGAACUCAACGGACAGGAUAGAUUACCUGAGGUGGAAACAGCGGUCAGCGAGAUGCUCUCAUCAUGGGAUGCAAUCAAUGACCAGGCUGUGAAGAUCGAGUCAGGGCGCAAACCGCUGAGGGUAGUAGAUAAUACCAAGGAUCGUGACGUUAGAAGAGUCGCCGAAUUCUUGCGAGAUCUAUCCCGAACGAUCGAGGAGUUCACGGUAUGAAACCUCUUGCUUUCCCGUCUGAUAGAUAGCGAAUUGUUUUUUCGCCGUUGGGAGUGGCUUCCCACCGAGCUGCGCAACUACAUUUACGACCUCCUGCCGAGCAUCAACAGCAAACCCGGUUUCUCAGCACUGUCCCUAGUCUCGCAUGCCUGGUGCCGACACUUUCGUCCUCGCCUCUUUGCCUGGCUUACGCUGGAUACCGAGGGAGACUGUCGCACACUAUACGGCAUAGCGCGGUCCCCGCUGUCGGCCUGGCUUGCGGAGCACAUCGCCGUCCUGCAUUUCCACGAGACUGGCCCUCGUGGCUAUCCACUCUGGGCAGCUCUCCUCCGCCUCCUCCCCGCGUGCCGUUCCAUCCUGCAAAGGUUCAGUGACAAGCCUGUCCGCGUGUCACUGUCGCACAGCGCAGCUCUGAAGAGCUCGUUGCGGAGCAUCACCUCUUUGAAACUCGAAAAUUGCAACUUCCCGUCGUUCCCAAUCGUGCUCCGCAUACUGGGCGACAUUACCUGCCUGGAAAAAGUUCUCUUCGGCGGGGUCAGAUGGUCGGGUGACCGACUCACAACAGCUGACGCCACGAGCAACGUCUGCACGGGUGCCUUCAGCCGUGUCCGCUCAGUCAAGAUGUUUGGCUGCACGAACAACAUUGCAGUGCCCGCAUGGAUCCUGGCCACCGCGAGCACACGACACUCGUUCACCAGACGUCGAAUGGCAGGGCCAGCAGUCCCUGCAGAGACAUGGGCCCUCAUCGAGCUCAUUCAGACGUUCUUGGACGACAGCGAGCUCGGGCGUUCAAAUUUUUAUGUCAAUCGGGCAACUGCAGAUACUUGCAGCUUUGUUGGUUCUCUGCACCAGGGAAUGGAACCGUUCGCAUACAUGUCAGCCCAGGUUGUCAAGUCUGUACCUUCCGCCUGCAGAAACGAGGCCUGGUCUGUCCGCCAAAUCGUCCUCACUGACUCGGCCGAAAUCGAUUCGAAAUCGCACCAGUAUUUCCACUCUCGCGAUUGGUCCGCGCUCGCUCUCCUUCUGCCCGCAUUUCCACAAUUGCAACAGUUCCAAGUCCUCUGCGGGGAGAAACAUUCAGAAGAGGACUUUCGCGCUCUCUCUGACAAGGUCGCGGGGGCCGUGAACGACCAUACGCAUCCGCCUGUCACGCUUCAACAUGACCGUUACCUGCCAGACGGGACAUUCUUGCAGCCGGCGCUGUUUGAUCUAACCAAGGCGGAUGUGGAGGCAGGGCGAGAGUAUGCGACUUGGAGACGGCGACGCGCGGAGGAGAUAGAUGAGCAGACACGUUUACGCGCUGCACGCGAUUCCGACCCCAAGAGCGAAACGGAUUGACCGAUGGUUACUUCUCAUAUAUCUUGCGUCCCUGUCUAUCCUCGUUUGAUCAUCAUUAUCAGAAAUUCCACGGACCCUUAUGUUCCGUCUCGCAUUCGUCCUCUUGCAGCUCCCGCACUCGUAUGACCUAGUAGAUUCAAUAUUAAUGCUAUGGACUUACGUUAGUGAUGCUCACAUGACC